AUGCCUGGCGAUGAUGAGCCCCAAUAUCCUACCGUGCUCCAAGGAGCCAAACAGAACAUGGCCAAGUUUGACAACUGUGUCUUGCUCACAAGAGUUGGCAAUUUCUACGAAUUAUACUUUGAGCAGGCUGAAGAAUAUGGACCCCUCCUCAGUCUCAAAGUGGGAUACAAACAGACGAAGCUAGGUCCGGUCCCUAUGGCUGGGUUUCCGUUCUUCCAACUAGACCGCUUCCUGAAGACCCUGGUGCAAGAUCUGAACAGAUACGUUGCCAUAUGCGAUGAAUUCCUCAUCAAUGUCUCCAGCAAGGUCAAGUCAGGCGGCCUGAAGCAUGACCGUCGUGUAACACGAGUGGUGACUCCAGGCACACUGAUCGAUGAGAAGUUCUUAGAUCCUUAUGAGAACAACUUUCUCCUCUCGCUCCAGCCGCUGCCUCCCGUUGCAAACGAUAGCUCGGGAGACGUACGAGGGCCGGAACAGAGUAUUGGACUUGCUUGGUUGGACCUGUCUACUGGUGACUUUCUCACACAGAGUAUCAACCGCGGUGCAUUGCCUUCAGCCAUAACAAGGAUCGCUCCCCGAGAGAUCAUUCUUCCUGCCGAUAUUUCCGCCGACAUCAAGAAUGAAGUACAGGAGAUUGUGGGCUAUGACCACCGACUCCUUACACUGCAUCAGGAGACAAGUCACUUCGUGUCCAUGUCUGAAUGGAGCACAAUGCUAGAAUCCCCCGUGGACCAAGAUGCCGACUCGGCCUUUAGCACUGGGGAGAAACAGGCGGGCCACCGGCUCCUAGAUUAUGUUCAACACCGACUACAGGGGCUGGAGCUACGACUGCAACCACCACGCCAGCGGGAGCUGCAUCAGAUCUUGAGCAUCGAUCGGAGCAGUCUGCGAGGACUUGAGAUACUGGAAACUGCAAGAGACGGGUUAGGAAGGGGCAGCCUUUUUCAUGCGGUCAAGCGGACUGUGACCAAAAGUGGUUCACGACUGCUGCGGGACCGCCUAUCCUCCCCUUCGGCUUCUUUGGAGGAAAUAAACGACCGCCUCGAGCUCGUGUCCACGUUUCUCGAGUCGGAGGAUUUGAAAGACUCUUUGAUAUUCCGCCUGCGAAGAACGUACGAUGUGCAACGGAUAGUCCAGAAAUUUGCGCUCAACAAAGGCGACGCCGACGACAUCCUAUCGUUGGCUAGUGCUAUCACCGAAACGGUUGCAACUCGUGACCUUCUGCGCGCUGUUGUGACGUUAUCAAGCAAUGCUUCAGGUCAUAAUUCCGAAUCUGGAACCUCGUGGGAACAUCCGCUCGAGAGGCUUCUGCAACGGUUCGAUUUAGAAGGUCCCAGUCACCUUCGAGACCGUGUAGCUUCUGCCAUCGACGAGGAAGGUCUCUUGCAGAAACACCGGCUCGAGGAGGAUGAAGCAGCGAGCGUAGCUGCCCUCGCACACGAGGUCGUCCUCCAAAGCGCUCCGGAAGACUUACAGUCACUGCCAAAGGCGGUACGCUCUAGCAGGAAGUCUGAUGACCAGAAGAAAGACGAAAUCGAACUGACUGAACCAUGGAUCAUGCGUCGGGAGGCCAGUGAUACAUUGCUACGGCUCCAUGAGGAGCUGAGCAAUCUCGAGGCCGAAAAAGUGGCCCUUGCAGAGAGCUUGAGAAGAGACCUUAAGGCUCCUACACUGAUGCUUAAAUCGACGCCGGGUCUUGGUUAUAUCUGUCACAUCCGGAGCGCGACUGGAUUCAAGAAAGACAAGCUUGAGUCGCUGCAUGCGAAAAUGGUGUCUUCUUCCAAAAGUACUAGAUCCUUCUAUCUGACUGAUUGGACACGACUUGGACGGAGAAUUGACCAAGCGAUGCUCAACAUCAGAGACGAGGAGAAGAGGAUUUUUGCAGCUCUGAGAGAACUGGUCAUCCAGAAUCUAGUGAAACUACGUCGGAAUGCAUCGGUCAUGGAUGAACUCGACGUGGCCAGCGCAUUUGCGACCUUGGCCAAGGAGCAGUCGUGGGUUCGUCCUCUUGUGAACAACGGGACGGAACACAGGAUCAUCGGUGGACGACAUCCCACGGUGAAACUUGGCCUGGAAGAACAAGGUCGGUCUUUUGUCAGCAACAAUCUGGUCCUCGACCAGAACGAGAGGGUGUGGCUGGUGACGGGCCCUAACAUGGGCGGGAAAAGUACGUUCCUCAGGCAGAACGCGCUGAUUACGAUCCUUGCGCAGACAGGAUCAUAUGUCCCGGCUACAUACGCUGAGAUUGGGCUCGUGGAUCAGAUCUUCAGUCGCAUUGGCGCUGCUGACGAUCUGUUUCGCGACCAGUCGACUUUCAUGGUGGAAAUGCUCGAGACUGCCGCGAUACUGAAGCAGGCCACUUCCAGAUCCUUUGUGAUCAUGGACGAGGUGGGACGCGGCACAACUCCCGAAGAUGGGACUGCCGUGGGUUACGCGAGUCUUCAUCACCUCUACUACACCAACAGAUGCCGGACGCUGUUUGCGACACAUUUCCAUGCGCUCGCCGAUAUGACGCGAGACUGGCCCUUGCUGGCAUGUUACUGCACAGAUGUCUUGGAAGAUGAACGUGGGUCAUUUGCUUUUGUGCACCGUUUGAAGAAGGGUAUAAACAGACAGUCUCAUGCUUUGAAAGUGGCAAAGCUCGCCGGCUUGCCUCCUACCGCACUUAAGGUGGCGGAGAGUGUGCUCCAACAUAUCUCGGAGAAGAAGAGUGCUUCAUUGACCCAGGGCAGUGCAGAAGCCCGUCCCCCCUCAAUGUCUGCAGCAGCAGGAUGA